UGACAAAACACAAGGGAUAUAUAUGGUUGGCUGUACAAGUGGAGGCAUUUUAACUCCAAUUCAUGUGCAAAAACAUUGUCAAAAUUUUAUAUCUAAGUGCAGCAAUUCAGAUUGUGAAGUUUUAUUAACAACAGCCAGGCAAACAAAUCCAGGUUUGGAGUGCCCACACAUUGAGAGCAUCAAAUAUGCAUACUUUGAGCCAGCAAUAGUACUACAUACAGAAUUUCUCAAUCAGAUGAAACAAAUUGGUAUUGUAUCAGAGAAAACUUACAGUACAAUACUUGAACUACAGGAAACUUGUGUAGAAAUGGGAAUCCCUAUAGUGGUGCAAGCAAACUUUGAAGUUCUGGGGUACCACGCAAGGUUUUCAUAUUACUCAGUCUAUACAAAUGAAGAAAUAUAUGUAGACAAGUGGUUGAGGAUCAGGGUAAUGCAUGACACUGAGACAGGGACAUGGAGCUGUCAGUGCCCUAGAGCAAGCGGAACCAGCACUUGUUUGCAUGAGAGUAUUGCGAAAUGGCUGGCUUUUCAAAAUAAUAAAGAUAUUUUAUAUCAGGAAAUGCUAAGCAAAAAUGAACCAACUGCAUCACAAGAAAAGGAAAUGACCUACUUGUUGGAAUCAAAAAUUAUCCCUGAAGUUAUACCGCAAGAAUAUCUAACAGAAGAUCCUCCUUUGUCAGUACUGGUUCCGGAUGAAACUGUUUGUCCAUUUUGUUCAAGUGAUUUGGAAAUUUUUAAGAAGCUAAAUUGUACAGUUUAUGGUAUCAACAAAAUAUGGAAAGGAACAACUAUGAUAACCAAACUUUGUCGUAGCUGUAAAUGCAUUACACGGUUUCAAAAUUAUAAAUCUGGAUUCCACAACUACAAUAAUCAAAUUAUUCUUUCAAUAUGUUUAUGUUUAAAACUCUUAAAAGGGAUUGAGAGCCAUGUUGAUGUUGAAACUACAAUUAAAAUUCUGUUUGAGAACUCAGAAACUCUGCCUAUUUCUCACUUGCGAAAUGGAUUUUAUCAUUUUUGUGCCCUUAAAGACUUUUCUUACGAUUUUAAUUGCUUGAAAUGUGGUCAUUCUCCGAAAAUUUUAAUAGCUGAUGGAAACUGGGCAAAUUGUUGUAAACGUCCAGUGGAUGCGGUUGUUGAGGAAGAUGUGGAUAAAGAAACAGUAGAAUGUGAAGAUUUGUGGGGAAACUAUAGGAAAGAAAUUAUUGGCAGAGGAUUUUGUGAAAGUACGAAAAAUCCUUGGGCUGUAAAAAUUACCUACAGUUCAAUCAGUCCUUGGAUUGGAAAGAAUUCCCGCAAGAGCAAUAUGCUUUAUAAUACAGAAUUCUUAAAGUGUAAAAUUAUCAACCACCCCAAAUCUGUAAAACAAAGUAAUGAUAAGUCAAUCUCACAAGAACAAAUUUUGGAUGCACUACACAAAAAAGAACCUCAAUCACUACAGAAUUUAUGUGAUGAAAUUGGAAUAUGUUCCAAGGGUUCUGUUGAAGUCCUAUACAACAGAUUAAAUGAAAUGGUUCUUUUUAAAGAUAUCUACCCAAAAUUUUUCAAAAGAAUCAAAAAGUGUGGAGGAGGAGUCUUGCAUUUCCGUUGCCCUCAUGGCAUUUGUUAUUAUUUUAAAACUUUACUUCGACAAGAAAGUGCUCGAGAUUUUGUUGAUGGGUUGCUUUCAUUAAAGCAACAACCCAUUGUAUUUAUCAGUGAUGUGGCCUCUCAGGUAGCACACCAUGGGGAAAACAGGAAAACGGGUAUGUUUAAACCACACAAAGGCAUGUUGUUUGAAUGGUCAGAGGAAAAUUUGCAAAGAGAAAAAGAGGGUCAAUUAAAACCAGUUGAAAUCAAUCUACAAAGUAAUGCUCAAUUCUACUCGCUGAUUGAUCGAUUUCAUAUGAGAUCAAAAAAGAAAUGCCCCGAAAAGACUUUUAGAAGUCUAGCUUUGGCCAAAAAUUUAAGUUUAGUGAACUCAAGCAUUGCCGAACAAACCAAUGCCCAAAUGUCAAAAGACAGGUCUUUUCUAUACCCAAUGAAGUUUGUUAACUUUAUGUAUAUUACAAGACUAGCAUUACAUAUGCAAAAUAUGCAUUGCAACCAAAAGUUUAUCAAGAACACCAAAAAGUUAUUUGAUGCCGCAAUUGAACGAAAUGUUCUGGGUAUUGGAACUCCUGUGUUUCAAAGUUGGUAUUUAUAUAUUUUGAUCAUACUGUUUGCAAUUGUUUAAAAAUUGUAUUUUUU